ACUUCCGGGUUGGCUUUCCACAAAUAGUGUAAAUCUAUGACAUAAAAAUUAAGCAGGUAUAAUUUAUCAUACUUACAGCGACGUUCGAGAUAAAAUGUUUGCGUUAACUAUAAGUACAACUAAAGACAUCAACAGCAGGAAACUGACGGGGCUAUUUUACUAAGACAACACUAAGAGAAACGUUACAUCCGGUUAGCGGAUUAAACAGCUCCAACAUGUUGAGACGGGCGAGACUGGCCGUGUUCAGGUUAAUGUGUUUUUGUGUGGUUGUGCGGGACGCUUUGUGCAUUCCGAGUUCAGGAAUGCUAUAUCCCCGCGAGUCUUCCUCCAGGGAGGUGAAGGAUCUGAGCGGGCUGUGGAGCUUCAGGGCCGACAAGUCCCCGAACAGGAACCAAGGAUUUGAGAGGGCUUGGUACAAACAUCGCCUUGCUGAGACGGGUCCGGUGCUCGACAUGCCCGUUCCUGCCAGCUUCAACGACAUUACUCAGGACGCCACACUGAGAGAUUUCAUUGGCUGGGUGUGGUACGAGAAAGAGGUGGUGGUGCCUGCCCGCUGGAUUGCAGACGAGGGAACGAGGGUUGUUCUCCGAGUGGGAAGUGCACAUUAUUAUUCAGUGGCGUGGGUGAAUGGGGUCAAAGUGACCGAGCACGAAGGCGGCCACCUUCCCUUUGAGGCAGAGAUCGGCGGUGUGCUCCGAGAUGACCCGACGACGCCCUGCAGGAUCACCAUCGCAGUCAACAACACUCUCACCCUGGAGACUCUUCCUCCAGGAACCAUCCAGUACUUGAAUGACACCACCAAGUAUCCUGAAGGGUUUUUUGUGCAAAACAUCAACUUUGAUUUCUUUAACUAUGCUGGGAUCCACCGUGCUGUCCUGCUGUACACCACCCCCAAGGCUCACGUGGACGACAUCACAGUGGUGACGGACUUCCUGGACAGCACAGGUUUAGUCAAAUACAAGGUGUCCGUCCAAAAUGCUGCUGGGGCCCCCCUGCAGGUCACGCUGACAGAUAAAGAUGCCCACACGGUGGCGUCCUCUACUGAGCCGUCCGGAGUGCUCAAAGUCACUGAUGUCAAACUCUGGUGGCCAUACUUGAUGCACGAGAACCCCGCUUACCUCUACUCUUUGGAGGUUCGCUUGAUGGCAGCGCACGAGGAUGUGUACACGUUACCAGUCGGCAUCCGCACCGUCACGGUCACCGGCACCCGCUUCCUCAUCAACAGCAAGCCCUUCUACUUCCACGGGGUCAACAAGCACGAGGACGCUGACAUUCGGGGUAAAGGCUUCGACUGGCCCCUGAUUGUCAAGGACUUCAACUUAAUGAAGUGGUUGGGGGCCAACUCCUUCCGCACCAGCCACUACCCGUACGCAGAGGAGAUCCUGCAGAUGUGUGACCGCCAUGGCAUCGUGGUCAUAGACGAGUGCCCGGGGGUGGGCAUCAAUGACAUUCGGAGUUUCGGCAACGCCUCCCUGGCCCAUCACCUGCAUGUCAUGGAUGAGCUCGUGCGUCGGGACAAGAACCAUCCUUCUGUGGUCAUGUGGUCGGUGGCCAACGAGCCGGCAUCGGAGAUGCCUCCUGCUGACCUUUACUUCAAGAGUUUAAUUGCGCACACGAAGACCUUGGACCCCACCCGACCCGUCACUUACGUCACCAACAGUAACUACGCCAGAGACAGGGGGGCUCGCUACGUGGACGUCAUCUGCGUCAACAGCUACUUCUCCUGGUACCACGACCCGGGCCACGUGGAGGUCAUCCCCAUCCAGCUCAACACGCAGUUCGAGAACUGGUACGGCGCGUACGGGAAGCCCAUCAUCCAGAGCGAAUACGGAGCGGACGCGGAGGCGGGCCUUCACAGCGACCCCCCCGUCAUGUUUAGCGAGGAGUACCAGAAGGUGGUCUUGGAGAGCUACCACCGCGUCUUCGACCAGAAGAGGAAGAAGUUCGUCAUCGGCGAACUCAUCUGGAACUUUGCUGACUUCAUGACCAAACAAGGCAUCACUCGUGUGGUGGGCAACAAGAAGGGUAUUUUCAGCAGGCACAGGCAACCCAAAGCGGCCGCUUUCACCCUGAAGGACCGAUACUGGAAGCUAGCAAACGAAACAGGGACGAUACCUUCUUGGACCAAAUACCCCUGCGUGCUCUGAGGCGCCGGUCCAACUCGCUACGUCGUCUUUUUUUAAAAAGUAUCGCAGCCAUCACAGAUCGGAUCAAUCUACGCUAAGAUUCUGAGUGCCUUAUCAAUGAAUGAAUGAAUGAAUGUGGUUGAUGACCAUGAAUGAAUGCUAGCUUCAAACACGAAAGAAAAGGAGCUAAGCUGCCAUCCCAUCUCAGCUUCAUCAAGCUUCAUCUUUGUGAGUUCCAUGAGUCCAACGUACGAUUGCACCGUUUCAAGACCAAUUAAAGUGACAAAUCUGACCUCCAAAUGUACGAGAUUUCACUUUUAUUCCUGGAAAGUGCUGUGAAAAACACUUAAAUGUUUCCAAUCAUCAAAGACGUGUAAAUAUUAGUACCACAAGUGCUAUAGUAUCCCUACAUCACGCCAUGUCUGUAUUUCCGUGUAGACGUGAGUCAGUUAGCUAAAAGAACAUGCUAACAGUUAGCACGCUAGCACUUAGCAAGAUAGCAGUAAGUACCAAGUGUCCACGAAGGUGUAACGUGCCCCCAGCUAAUAGUGUACAUAGUAUCAGUAUUAGUGACAUUCCCUAUUCCUGCUAAACACUAUUCCAUGAUAGCGACAAGGCUGUUACACGUUAUAUAUAUAUAUAUAUAAUAUCUUUUCACAGUGAUAUGUUUACUGUGGGGGCAGCGGUGGCGGCGGUGCCAAAAUAUGAAAAAAAAAAUCAGGCCGGCAUGUUCAAGUCACGGCGAGGAUAACGAUGCUGCACGUCAGCAUUCCGAUACACGCCCACACCGCCUCAUGCCUCAUGCCUCAUGCUGCUCUUUUCACUCUGUCAUCUGUCAACCAAUGACAGCCAAGACUUGCUGUAUGUCAAUAGAGGAUUUAUAGUCACUAGAUGGUAGAAUCCCCCCCCCCCCAAAAAAAACAAGAGUAAAAAUGGAAAGGUAAUUUCAGAAGAAUAAAGUAAAAAUAUAAAAUAACUUUGUCAUAUUAUGUGGAAAAAUAACAUCAUUUCGUAGUAUUAAGUGAAAAUAUUUGAAAAAGACAUGUUUUUAAAAAUCCUAAUCUUAGGAGAAACAAACAAAAGAUUGGAAAAGGAAGUUAACAUUAACAUCUACAUUUCAGGAAAAAGUGGCAAUUUUAUGAGAAUCGAUUAGUAAUUUUAUGAGAGAAAAUCUCAUUUUAGUAGAGAGUUACUUUUUUAAAAGUCAUAAUAUUAUGAAAGACAAAUUUGUCAUUUUUGGAAAAUAAGAAUAAAGUGAAAACAUGAAGAAAAAAUUUUUAACAAGAAAAAGUAAUUUUAUGUAGAAAAUGAUAUAUAUAUAACAUCAUUUUAGUAGCAUAAAGUUCAAAUAUUAAAGAAAAAGACAUUUAUUAAGAAUUAAAAAUUCUUAAUAUUAUAGAAACAAAAAAGAGAAAAUAGAAAUUGGGGGAAAAUUCAUGUUUUUAAAAUUUCUGGGCAAAUGAGUUACGUUACAAGAAUAAAGUCCACACAUUAAGAAAAAAAAGUGGCAAUUUUAUGAGAAUAAACUGGCAACAUUAUGAGAAAAAAAUUAUGUUAUUUUAGUAGCGCAGCAUUCAAAUAUUCAAGAAAAAAAUGCAUAUUUUGAAAGUUGUAAUAUAAUGAAAGCUAAGACAUUGGAAACAUCUGAGAUUUUGGGAAUAAAGUCACAAGUUUGUGAGAACAAAAGUUGUACAUUUCCGAGAAUAAAGUCGUAAAUUGGGGCAUUGCCUGAGACGGCUAUGAAAAUGGGGGACUUGUGUGACCUUUGACCUUGGGCAAAGGUCAUAUUCUGGCCUUUUUCCUCAUAAAUGUACAACUUCCUUCUAAAGCAACUGUGGAGCAUAAAGCUCAAAUAUGGAAGGAAAAAAAGAGUGUUUUUUUCAAAAGUGUUCAUGUGAUGAGAAACUACUACGAGUAUCAGUGUUGGGGCCACGUUGGAAAAAAAUCUGACAUUUCGAGAAUGAAGUUGAAAAUUUGUGAGAAAAAAAAGUGGGAAAGUGAUGACUUUCUCACAAAUUUACGACUGAAUUUAUGAUUUCUUUUCUUGUGACUUUAUUCUCGAAAAAACAUGUUGGGAUUUGGACAAUGAAGUCGUAUGUUUGAGAGUCAGGAAUUUCCCACUUUUUUUUCUAAAAAAUGUACGACUUUAUUCUUGAAAUCUCAAGAUGUUUUUUUUCGAGCAUAAAGUCACAAGAAAAGAGUCACAAAUUUGUGAGAAGGUCGUACAUUUCCCAGCUUUUUUCUCACAAAUGUACAACUUUGUUCUCGAAAUCUCAGGUUUCUUUGUCCCUUUGCCACUCGUGGUUAAGCCGUCAUAGUUUUUCAUAUUUCAGCUUUAGAUGCAUUUUUUCUUGAAUAUUUGAACGCGAUGCUCCCAAAAGGAGAUGAUUUUUUUCCUCAUAUCAGGAAUUUAUUCUCUUUUUUUCUCAAUAAAGUGAAACUAUGAUGGAAUAAAGUCAUCCUAAAACGUACAAAGAUGAUUUCAGUUGAAGUCUGUAUUUCUAUUCUAACAUCAGUGCUUUCAUUUUUCGUGUGUGACCCGUAGUGGAACAAGUGUGGACCCCCCAGCCGAGAGUGUUUGGUUGCAAUAAUUAGCACCAGGAGAGCCGCUUUGAGAGGAAAUGUUUUAAUGGUUGAUGGUUUCCACACUUUCCCUGCAUUCAACCCAAAAUACCCCCCACCGCCCCCAGAUGCACCCUCCUGCAAUCCAUGUAACACUCCCCCCCCCCAGUAAGAAAAUAGGGCUUUUGGUGAUACAGAAGCAAAGCCAGUAGAUUUUCAUCCACAACAAAACUGAAAUGCAAACGUGCGUCCCACCCCUCCCCUCCAUGUUUUUGUUGCUAAAAAUAAGCCAGAAUGCUAACAGUCCAUACGGCUAAUUCAUGAUGAAACAUGACAACGUAAGAUGAACAUUCAGGGAGGGGGUAAGUGGCCAUUGACAGACUGACAGGGAUUCCCGUUUGGUCUUUUUCUUUUUCCAAACUGCCAGCGUUCGGGUUUCCCGUCUUUGCCGUGAAACUGAAGGCACUUAAGUCGGCAUUGGCGGUGACGCGACUCACACGCCAGUUACCCUGGGGGGGGCCCGGCCCUCUCCACUCCCCUUAUGUGGACGCCCCAGGGACCGGCUGACUGAUGUUUAUCCAACAUCACGUGACCUUCAUUUCAAGCCUGAACAAUCCAGCAAACUCUUUUUUUUUCUUUUAUGGAUAAAAACACUUCUAGAACAAAUACCGUCUUUGACUCAACUUGCGAUCCCACUUGGACUUGUGACAUCAGUGACUCGGGACCUGACUGGAAAACACGUGAGAUUUCACGCGGGGUGUGUUGAGUAAAACGCGUCCCGUUGAAAGUAUUCAAGUAUUUUGGCCAAAAUGAAAUAAACAAGGAACAUCUGAGAUGAGGAUAAAGUGGCUCAUUUACCAGCAAAAACUGCUUUGUUUCCCUUCCAGGUUCCAGGUUCCAGGUGGG